ACUACGUGCCACUAGUCAUGGUUUAGCUGCUCCGUGAUGAUAGGCAGGAGUGCUACCGGAGGAGCUUGCGCAGUCACUGACAGAGCGGAAACGCUAAUAUAUGGCUUCCUGCAGCUCUUGAGCCAUGCCUCAAACGGCAGGAUGUCUUUCUCGCAUGUGAUCUGCCACUUCAAGAAGGUACAAAACUGCGCAUACGGAUCAAGAUGUCGUGGACGGUGUUUCAAGGUUCUGUUCUCCUGUUCCACUGUGUUGACGCUCUACCACGAUGGUUGACUUCGACCUCUCUCCGCAACAGCAAGCGAUUCGAGCUGGCGUUCACGCCUUUGCCACUACCCACUUGAAGGAUGCCAGAAAAACCUAUGAAGCGGCAGUCAAGAAGCCAAACGCAGAAUGGAGUGACGGCUUCCGCUCUACGCAAUCUAUCUACGCUGAAGCCGUAAAGGCAGGUUUGAUUAAAGCGCAGAUACCGGAGCGGCUUGGAGGUACUGGAGGAGCCCUCAUCGAUGCGGCAAUCGUUGUAGAGGAGAUGUACGCAGUAGAAACUAGCGCAUCCUCAACCAUCCUUGGGACUGGUCUGGGUUUGAGUCCCUUGUUGAUUGGGGGCUCAGAGGAGAUGCAACGACGGCUCCUGGUGCCGUUUCUGAGCGGAGAAGGCUCACCAAUGGCUAGCCUUGUUUUUCCAGAGCCUGCAGGCAGCGCAAACUACGCGGAGGUCGGAAGCGCCGGUCUGUGUACGGUUGCUGUUGACAAAGGCGACCACUUUGUCAUAAGCGGAGAGAAGAUAUGGGCAACCAACCACGGAGGCUGGAACGACCGAGGCGCAGAUCUUCUAUGCAUCUGCUGUCGAGUCGAGGAUGCAGGCCCAGACAUGCGCAGUCAAACCGCCAUAAUCGUGGUCACUCGCGAGGACGUUGCUUCCAACGAUCCGUCAGCCUUCCAACUUCUCGCCCACCCACAACCAGUCGGCCACACAGCAGUCAACGGCCCACACAUCCGUUACAACAAACUGCGAGUCCCCAAGAACAACGUCCUCCACCAGGCAAAGGCGCGGAUGUCAUCGAAGCAGCCUCCACCGGCUCUGCGGCGUUAGUCUGCGCCAUUGGAGUAGGAAGUAUGCGGCAGGUCUUCGACCACGUCCUUGCUUGGGCGAAGCGGGAAAAGCGCGGCACGAGCGAGAUUAUGCUCAAGAAGCAGAGCGUGGCCGAUCUUCUAAUCAAGAUCAAAGUCCGUUGCGAGGCAGCCAGAGCGCUGUGCUGGAAGGCGACCUGCGCGUUCGACAAGGACCCAUUCAGUAAGGCGGCGGCGGAGUUGUGUUCCGAAGCGAAGAUCUUCGGCAGCGAGAGCGCUGUGGAGAGUGUGAUGGAUGCGAUCAACCUGGUU